CCCAUUAUAUUUCAAAUGUACAGAUAAAAAAAUCAUCAAUCGAUAUGUAUUUAACGAUAAUGUAUGAAAAAAAGAAAAUUAUCAUAUCAUCUAUAUUAGCUUUAUGGCUACCAUUAUGGAUAUUAUUAUCAACAAUAUCAAUAAUAAUAAUUAUAGUUGAUGGUCAUCCACUUAAACGUAAUAAUAAUAAUAAUAAUAAUAAUGGUCCUUAUAUUUCAACUGGUUAUUUAGAUAAUCAAAAUAAUUUUAAUAAUGAUAAUAGUAAUGAUGAUUCAUUAUUAAUACAAACAACACGUGGUAUGAUACGUGGACAACGUAUGCGUUCAUUAACUGGUCGUUUAGUUGAUGAAUUUUUAGGUAUACCAUUUGCUAAACCACCAAUUGGUGAUUUACGUUAUAAACAUCCAUUACCAAUUGAUUUUUGGGAUGGUAUAUUUAAUGCAACAAAACAACCAAAAUCCUGUUAUCAGGUUGAAGAUCAUACAUUUGGUACAAAUUUUUUAGGUACCAAUAUGUGGAAUGUUGAUCAAACGAAUCUUGAUGAAGAUUGUCUAACAUUGAAUAUAUGGGUACCAUAUCCAAGACCAAAAAAUUCUGCCGUAUUAGUUUGGAUUUAUGGUGGAUGUUUUAAUACUGGUUCAACAUCAUUAGAUUUAUAUGAUGGAAAAAUUAUGGCCACUGAAGAAAAUAUUAUAUUAGUUAGUAUUAAUUAUCGUCUUGGUAAUCUUGGUUUUCUUUAUUUUGAUAAUACCAAUGAUGUUGUUGGUAAUGCUGGUAUGUUUGAUCAGGUUAUGGCAUUACAAUGGAUACAAGCAAAUAUUGAAAAAUUUGGUGGAAAUCGUAAUAAUAUAACAUUGUUUGGUGAAUCAGCCGGUGCAACCAGUAUUGCCUAUCAUUUAUUAUCACCAUUAAGUCAACAUUUAUUUAGUCAAGGUAUAUUACAAAGUGGUUCACCAACAGUACCAUGGGGUUUAGUUGAAAAGAAAAAAAUUCAUCAACGUGGCCUAAUGUUAGCCGAAUCAGUUGGUUGUCCAUAUGAUGAUCAACAAAUUGAUCAAGUAAUUAAUUGUUUAAGACAAACAGAUCCAUUAUUAUUGAUGCGUAAUGAAUCAGGUGAUGCUAAUGGUGUUGUUGAAUUUGCAUUCACACCAAUUGUUGAUGGUGUUUUUCUUACCGAUUAUCCAGAAAAAUUAAUGAAUGAUAAACGUUUUAAAAAAACACGUAUUUUAUUAGGAAGUAAUACUGAAGAAGCUACAUAUUUUAUUAUAUAUAAAUUAACAGAAAAAUUUAAAUUAGAAGAAGAUAUUUAUCUAACAAGAGCUGAUUUUAAUAAUUCAGUAAAAUUAUUAUAUCCAAAUAUAUCACCAAUUGGACAAUCAGCAAUUAUAUAUGAAUAUACUGAUUGGUUAAAUCCGGAUGAUCCGAUUAAAAAUCGUGAUGCAAUUGAUAAAAUUGUUGGUGAUUAUUAUUUUGUUUGUCAUGUGAAUAAAUUUGCUGAUCGUUAUGCAUCGGUUGGUAAUGAAGUUUAUAUGUAUUAUUUUGCACAUCGUUCAACAAAAAAUCCAUGGCCAAAAUGGAUGGGUACAAUGCAUGGUGAUGAAAUACCAUUUAUAUUUGGUGAACCAUUUAAUGAAACAAUUGGUUAUACACAUGAAGAAUUUCAAUUAAGUAAACAAAUGAUGAAUUGUUGGGCAAAUUUUGCUAAAACUGGUAAUCCAACAAUGGAUGAAAAUGGUAUUUGGUCACAAUUACAUUGGCCUUUAUACACCGCAUAUAGAAAAGAAUAUCUUACAUUUUCAACAAAUUAUAGUAUUGGACAAGGAAUACGUACUAAGCAGUGUGCCUUUUGGCAAACCUAUUUACCUCAAUUAAUCGCAGAAACUAACAACAAUAAUGAAACUAAUAAUGAUAAUAAUGUUGAUGAUGAUUCAACUAUCGAUUUAUUUGGAAUGGCCAUACAAUAUAAUUGUUCAUUUGGUUGUCGUUUUCGUUGUACAUCACAGGAAAGACUUAAAAAUCAUGAAUUAUUGUUUCAUAGUGAUAAAAUAAAAAUACAUAAAUGUUCCUUUAAAGAUUGUGGUGGACAAUUUAGAUCUAUUUAUGAUCUUGAAAAACAUAUGAUGAGAAUACAUGAAAUUUUUAAAUGUUCAUUUGGAAAAUGUGAAAAAGAAUUUGUAAACGAGUUUAAUCUAAAAAGACAUCAAAAUACUGAACAUGAAAAAGAAUCAAAAAUAUGUAAAGAAUGUGAUCGAAAAUUUCAAGAUAGUCAUCGAUUACGUAAACAUAUCUAUUUGGUACAUGAAUUUAAUGAUUUUCAUUGUGAAGUUGAUGGAUGUGAUUUUUAUUGUAAUUCACGUGUAAUAUUUAAAUAUCAUAAACGUACUAAACAUGCAUUUACAAAAUGUGAAUUCGAUGGCUGUAAUCGUAUGGUAUCAAAACAAUAUCUUUCAAAACAUUUAAAAUUACAUCAAAAAUCUAAACAGUGUACCACCACCGAUACAGGGAAAUAUAAAUGUUCAUGGCCGGAUUGUGGUAAAAGUCUUUAUGAUUCUAAAUCAUUGAAAGAUCAUAUUCGUAUACAUUUAAAUUUUAAACGUUUUCGUUGUAAAUGGCCUGAUUGUGGUUAUGCUUGUGAACAGAAAACAAAUAUGAAAACACAUAUACGUAUACGACAUUUUAAAUUACCACAUACAAAAAAACGACAAUUAGAAUUGAACAUUUCAACCGAUUCAUAUCCAAAUCCAAAUGAUUAUAUUGAUACUGUUAAUGAAGACAUCUAUAUGAAUAAUCCAUGAACAAAAGAAAAUAUUUCAUCAUUUUUUUUCAAUCA